GGCUGCAGCAGCCUCCCCUGGGGCUGUACACAGCCACCCUCCAAACAGGAGCCUGUGGCUCCACUGUGGUGCGGGUUCCUCCUGCCUGUCCAGCACGUGGCAGCUCCUAACCAGCACUUGUGCUCUCUUGCAUGCCUCACCAGCCCCUCCAGAAACCACCACGCCUCCAGCACCAGCCCCAACUGAGACCACUGUGGCUGAAUCACCAGCCCCUCCAGAAACCACCACGCCUCCAGCACCAGCCCCAACUGAGACCACUGUGGCUGAAUCACCAGCCCCUCCAGAAACCACCACGCCUCCAGCACCAGUCCCGACCAAGUCCCCAGCAGCAGAAACACCAGCUCCUCCACAAUCAAGGCCAGCACCUAUAAGCCAAGUAACCCUUACCUGUCUGCCUAAUUACAUGCGGGCAAUCAUCAGGAGAUCCUACCUGAGCUCCCGAGGGUACCUUUCAGGGAGCGUCCACCUGCGAGACCCCAGGUGCAGGCCUGUGAUCACCAACUUCCACGUCACCUUCCGUAUACCGUACAACGGCUGUGGCAC